AUGGACACAGACACAGGCAUGCACCAAAACCAACACAACAACCAACAGUUCAAAACACUGCACCACAACCAACAGUUCAAAACACUGCACCACAACCAAAAGUUCAAAACACUGCACCACAACAACCACAAACAGAGCAAGGACAUAAAAGAAGUAGAGAACAAGGAAACCAAGAAUUCUUAA